AUGAGUCGCCGAAAUCGUCCUUCAGCGUUCGAAAUUAGCUUCGGUGAACCACUCCCUGAGGGGCCCCCUGCGGCCCCAGAGAUCACCUUGAAGCGCCCUGCACCUUCUGAUGCUUCGACCUCGCGCCCUAAGCGAGUGCACGUAGACCUUCCAAAAUCGGCGUUCUACUCUCCCAGUCCCAAUAGACAGGAGAUCAACGAAGACGACCCCGAUCUAGAAAUUCGAGGAGAAGAGCCCUCUAAUCCCGAUACAACCGACAAGCCGGUUCGCAUACUCAACGCUUUCACGAUGUUCGAUCCCAAGCACCGUUUUGAGAUGGUAUCGCUUCAGGCCCUCGCGGAUGACGACCCUAACGCAAACGGAUUUGUUGUGGUUGGGUAUGCAUCCGCAUUCAUGGCUGAGGGAGACGAAGACGAAGAGGACGAAGAAGAGGACGAAAAUCAGCCGUUCGUAAAGUUGCAUAGACUGAUUAGCUACUCUAUGGACACAACAAGCCAAAAUGACCCGGUUUGGCUAGAGACGGAUCACGCGUGGUACAUUCUACGAGACCCUUCUCCCGAAUACGAGCCUUUUUUUCGCCACUUCUAUACCCCGCGCAGAGCUACCCAGCUCGUCAUUUCGAUGGCAAAGCAGAAUCCAAACAUGGACUUCCCUACUUUCAUGACGAAUAUCUCAUCGACGACCACGAUCCUGGGGAGAAAUAUAUCCGAGGACGACAUCCUCUCGUCAGUAGACGGGCUCAGCUCAGCCGUGGUAGAAUCCGCAGAGGUUGCCGCGCUCAAGCAGCGGUCCCGUCUCGUCACAUAUUUGCUACGUGGCCAGCAUCCUGCCCAGCUUCCCAAGCGACCCAAGCGCUGGGAUGGUCAUCCCCCAGCAUCUCUCCAUGCGAAGGCACUCUUCCGCAACCUCGACUUCUUCGUCCUGCAACCCGAAAACCAAAUAUCGACGCAUGUCACUCCUCUGGUUGCCCAGUUAGCAGGUGGACAUUUCGGCGAGCGGCUUGUCGUAGUCGGUGCCCCGCUCCCUCCCCCUUCCAAGGAGAAGGAGGACUCAAACAAGAAAAAAGAAUUCGCGAAGGUCAAGGCCUUGGUAGAGAAGGCUCACCGAACGAAGGAUCGAUGGCGGAAGAAGGAGAUCAAACCGAGCUAUCGCCUAGCCGGUAGGAAUGAUAUCUGGCUGAAAGCGAUCGACUUGGACAAUGAAACAUUCACUGUUGGGGAUAUCGUACUUGUGCUCCCCAGAAAAAGCGAUCACCCAAGGAUACAAGAGCUACCUAGUGUCGAAGAUAUACGGCCAGGCGCUACGAUUCCUAGUUACUUUCGCUUCGCGCAAAUCAUAUUCCUUAACAUUGAAAAGAGCAUGGCUCAUGUCCGAUGGUUCGAGCAUAGUUCGUUCACCAUCAUGCAAGAGUUCGGAAACCCCCAGCAACUAUUCCUCAACAACAUCUGUGACGAUGUACAUAUUCAAGACCUAAUCGAGAAAGUCACCGUUCAUGCUCAGUGCACAGGAGACAUGCUCCCUGAGCAUUAUUUCUACAACUCGAUUUACGACCAUUCUCAUGCUGAUGUCGUCGCAAUUGACCAUUCAGCUGAGGCUAUUGUUGCCACUCAUUCUCCGCCCGGUAACUGUCCUGUGGCCAUCUGUGCUUGGAGAAAUGAGUUGGAGAAUGUUGUACAGCGCACAUCUAAUCCGCCAGGUGCUGCUUACCUUGGCCACACUUACCAUAAGCAUGAUUUCGUUGAGGUCGCCUCCGACUCACCGUCAGGACUCUGUGACAUUGGGCAAAUAGUCGGAUUUCCGGACAAGACUUCACGAAGAGAAUCUUCGACUUCUCGGUUGGAUGCUCAAUUGUAUGUCCGCGUUCGCUGGCUUGGCCGGAUGUCUGAUAUCAAACGAGAUCUUCCGGAGGGCUACAUCAAGGAUGAGAAACAACUUUUCAUGACGGAUGAGGAGGAGGAUAUCCUGCUCACAAACCUCACUCAACCUUGUUUUGUCAUACCAGACAAAGCCCGAGGUGAAGUGGAGUGGCUUCAGCUUCUAGAUAGCUCUCCCCACCAUUUCUACGCUUCUCGCCACUUUUCAUCACGCCAAGCCCACUCCUGGCUUGACGGCCGGGACUACAGCGUUCAAGAGCAUGCAAUGUGCCGGACUUGCACAUCUUCUCUUGUACGACUUGGAGACGCAAGAAGUGGCCGCCACUUGUACUCCGAUUUUUGUGAUGUCCAGCUUCAAAUGCCUUUACGGACAUUGGACCUUUUCAGUGGCUGUGGUGCGUUCAGCCUAGGGAUGGCUCAAGGGGCGAAGUUUAUCCGAGUAACACAUGCUAUUGAGAUAUCUCCAAGUGCGGCAAAAACUUUCAUGCGUAACCACAAGAAUAUCAAGAUGUACAACAACUGUGCGAACCUAAUACUACGCCAUUUCAUCAAACAUGGAUACGGGCACCAGGCCGAAGCUCCAAUUCAGCUUUUUGAUGGAAGAUCCCCUGUUCCCACACCACCAAAGCAAGGAGAUAUUGAUUUGAUGAUAAUCGGGUUUCCUUGCCAGUCUCAUUCUGGUCUUAACAGGUUCAAAAAGGCCAAUGAUUCAAAGAGCAAUUUAAUCUUGACUGCACUGUCAUAUGUUGACUUUUUGCAGCCAAGAUAUUGCUACUUUGAGAAUGUCAGGGGAUUUCUCCAAUACAGUCUUGGUGCCACCCAAGAUGGAAAGCACAAGACAUCUGGAGGAAUUACAAUGGGAGGCCUCAAGUUCUUGACCAGAGCUUUGGCUGAUUUUGGAUAUCAAUACCGGUUUGCUUUACUUCAAGCAGCCCAUUAUGGUACACCUCAACAACGAGUUCGCUUUUUUCUUGUUGCUUCUAGGUUUGGGCAUCCACUUCCUGACUUCCCUCAGCCAUCACAUCAUUUUCCUCUUAAUGAGACACUUUCAGUCAACUUGCCAACUGGCUCCAUCUUGUCUCCAGUUAGACAAACUAGAGGGUCUCAGGCACAUCAGUUUGUCACUGUUGAUGAUGCUAUUUCUGAUUUGCCUCGGUUUGACUGGAAGCAUCCCUUUGUGGCUGGCAAACAAGGAAGACAACAGGGCAUUGAUGUUUUAUCUUGCUCAAAGGACAAGCCAUGGUGUGGGAAAGCUGGAAGGGCAAAUUACUUUCAUCCUCCAAAAACUAUCUUUCAAGUUCAGUGCCGAUUGGUUGAGUCAACUGAUCUUCAGCAAUAUACAAAGGUCUUGGUUCCUGCUACUGUAGCAAGGGUUGUCAAUGUGCCAUUGCAAGCAAGGGCAGAUUACCGAAGUUUGACUGGAGAUUCUAUGGAAUGGCAAAUGAAUAAUGCAGUGUCAGCUGUAGCUAAGGGAGGCUAUCGACCUGGCUUCUAUGGCAGAUUGGAUCCAGAUGGCUGGUUUAAUACCACUGUCACUAAUGUUAAUCCAACUGCAAAGCAAAGCAAGAUAUUAAAUCCCUAUUGCAAACGGAUUGUCACAAUCAGAGAGCUUGCAAGGUCUCAAGGCUUUCCAGACCAUUUUGUAUUUGAAGCCAUUGACAAUAAUUUGGUCACAAUGCAUAGGCAGAUAGGCAAUGCUGUUCCUUGGCCUGUUUCAAAAGUACUGGGACAGGAAUUAGGCAAGGCAUUGUAUAAGAAAUGGUCCAAGGAUAAGGCCAAUGCCAUACCUAUUGAUUAA